AUGCCCGACACGCCCGAGCCCGAUGUCUCUCAUGUCCAUGCUUGUCCCACCAUGACAUUUCCCUCCUGCAAAUCCGAAUGCAUCACCAGUGACGGACUCAACGUUGUUGAUGACGGAGAUGUGCAACGCGACUUGGGAACAUGGAAUGAUGGUGCUCAGACCACUGCCAUUGAACAUUUGGUUACACUCAAACAGGGGUUGCGGACAUCCGAUACCGAGCUGUUCUGGAAACGGCUGAUGGAGGACAUGACAUCUAUAACCAAAGCUCAGUAUGGGUUUGUUGCGCGGAGGGUGCACGGGAGGGAGCCCAUGCCAGAACUAGGCGGGCGGCGCCCGUCGCUUUUUGGUGCGGCUUUCUACUACAACGAUGGCUACGAGACCGUUGGAUUGCAACGAAACAGGUUUUUCGCAGGCGGGAACCCCUUAUUGCAUAUGGACCAUGAACGGCCUUGUUUGAUCCCCGAGAAUCUCAGCUCACUUGUAUCGUUCGGUGAUGAUCAUUUACCGUUCACCGCCGAUGGUUAUUUGGCCAUUCCCCUCUUUUCGGCUGGAAAGUGCCUGGCGCACCUUGGGUUGAUGUGGUCGAAAGAUGGUCUUCGGCAUAGAAACUUGUCUUGGUCUUUUCUGGAAAUGAUUCUCCACUCGCUCGAAGAUCUGAUUGUGCAACGACUAGACCCAGCGGAACAAAUUCUAGAUGAAGUGUUAGAUUCUCCGACGCCAGAUAUUUCAGAUUCUCACAACCCCCAGACUGCUGCCUUUCAUGAAGCCUCCCAUUUCAACGCGCACCCGCUCAAACCCUACGCCCGAAGCUUAUCCCAUGAGCUGAGGACCCCGAUGCAGGGUGUGGUGGGCAUGCUUGAUGUCAUGCAUGCUACAGUGCGCGAGGCCAUGGAGAGUAAAACUCCGGUCAAAUCGGGUGGGGUUUUUCAGUCUCUCAAGGAGGGGAUUGAAAUGGUUCAGGAUAGCGCGAGACGUGCUGUCGAAGCGGCUGAUAAUGUCGUUCAUGCAUACGAGCUUAACAUGCAAAUCCCAAAAACACCACUCCGCGAGGAGCCCGAGAUAUUAGGUGGUCUCGCAAUCCCACCUACUACUAUACCCGAAGAUCGCCCGAGCAUCUUUAUCGAAGGAAAGAAUAUCGCUGUAAAUGCGUACAAACGGCGGCGCAGCCUACCACCGGAGAUAAAUACCCGACCAGUACGGAAACAAAGACUUCGUGCGGCCUCGUCGCGUCAAGAACUCUCGCCUCGCAGCGAGGAAGUCAAGAAUGCUGUUCACGAAAGCGAUCAGAUAGUGCAUGCUUUCCCGGCUCGCCAGUUCGAAGCUGUAAUGGCUAAAAUGGUCGAUCCCCCGCCGUCUCUCGCAGUUCGACGAUCUGCACCUCACUUACUUCUUGAAGGCAUCAAUGUGAACAUGAAAGGUUCUGCUUUGCGUUUUACCAAACUGCGAGAUCUUCUCCGCCUAGUGAUUAAUGAGUCCCUUCACGUUGGCGGUCGACCGGAUUCUGCCGUUAGCAAUGCAACGGAAUCUGGCGAAAGGAUUGAGAUCCGGUCGAGGUCUUCCAAUGGAGAAUUGUUCACCAAGGUUGUGGACUGGUCUGUAGACCCUUCACUACCGGAUACCCUUCUUGCCGAUGACCGUGAUCUGGCCAAACUGAUCUCAUGCGUCUUUCUCAACGCGAUCAAAUUUACCAACAACGGCACUAUCACUGUUUACGCUACUAUUGACCCUAAAAAGAAUGAUGUUCUUAUUCUUGUCCGUGAUACCGGCCCGGGAAUCCCCGCUGCAUUCCUACCAAAUCUGUUCAAGCCAUUUGCUCGUCAGGAUGCAUCGACCACACGAAGUAAAGAUGGCCUUGGUCUCGGUCUCCUUGUCGCCAAGGGCCUUUCACGGAAAAUGGGCGGUGAUUUAACCUGUGUGCGUUCGUCGACUUCUGGUCCUGACCGGGGUACUGAAUUUCGAAUUCGAAUCCCCGUAAACCAACGUGAAGCUGAACCCCGCCCUGCAACUCCUGGUGAGAGUGUUUUGACGCCAUCUACUACCGAGCAAACACGACAGGACAGUGUUAGCAGCUUUCUGUCUGAUCCCUCUUCUUGCUUCAACUCCCCGUUCAUCCUCCCCCAAAACUGUCAGCUACAACAGCCGACCCCGAGCACGUCCGAUGAAAACACGUCUCAGAGCCCAACACCCCUGCGACCGACUCGUCUGAAUCAAACACAUAUUUCUGGCGAUGCAUAUGACAAGAAGCUUGGGGAAAAAUACCCGCUACGCAUUCUCGUUGCCGAAGACAACCGAAUCAACCGGCGCGUACUCGUGAAUAUGCUACGCAAGCUUGGCUACCGUGAUGUACUCGAAGCGGCCGAUGGAAAAGAAGCCGUCGAGAUCGUUCAAGGCAUUUUAUCCGCGUCAAAGCCCUCCCUUGACAAUGGUCUCGAUCCAGUACAUGCGAUGCAAGACGUCAUCCAUGAGUCACACCUGGCUACAAAGAUAAAACCGAUCGAUGUCGUCUUGAUGGAUCUUUGGAUGCCUGAAAUGGACGGAUAUGAAGCUACUGCACGAAUUCUCCAGAUGGUGGACAACCAUCGGGACCAACAUGCUGCUUUUGAGCCACCGAACCCGAACAGCCCUGACUCCAUGGAAAUGGAUCCAAUUCCCAGCACUUUUGGUAUGUCGCCGCCUCCCACAGUUCUUGCUGUGAGUGCCGACGUGAGCGACGAGGCAUUGAAUCGCGCCUCCAAAGUAGGAAUCAAAGGCUACAUGACGAAACCUUACAAACUCUCCGACCUUGAACGGUUGAUUCUCGAAUUCUGCGGUGGUACUGUUUAUCCUGUUCUUCGAACCCCAGGGUGA